AUGAAUCAAUGUGAAGAGCAAGAUUUUCCAACCGAGAUCAAGGAGAUUUUGAUAGCUUUGGAUGAAGGGCAUGGUAAUAUCUACAGACAAGUGAUUCUACCAAAGCUCGAAUAUGUGGAGGGUGAAGAGGGGGGAAGAAUUUAUGGAUAUGUUGAGGAAAUUAUAAAAGCACUAUUGCCAAUUGGUAAAUUAUCAAAUUUCAACGAUCCGACUCUCGUCCGUUUGUUAUGCAACGCAUUUUAUGGAAAAGCUGGAGAGGUGAAGGAAACGGAUCAGUCAGCUGUCAAUCCAACGGAUCAAUCGAAUGCCGAAGCUGACACUUGGGAUAAAUGCCAAGCCCCGAUCUUUGCCGCAUUGCUCGUUGUUUAUGUCUCCGAUCAAAUGGAAAAAGCCUUCAAAAAGGCUUACGAGCUCGAUUGGGUCGAUGUUUUUCACAAACAAAAAGAGCAGUUUGAUAUAAAUGCCCAUGAACUCUUUGACCAUUGCUAUCGUGAUCCAACAAAACCAAAGCCUGGGAGGGUAGCGAACAAAUUGCUUUCGGAAGCGAAUCCUGUGAGUGUUACAUCGUUGCUCGAAAUAGCCGACAGGGCAAAUGCUAGCAAGUUUCUCGCUCAUCCUUGUGCUCAGCGAUUUGUGGACGAACUUUGGGAGAAAGGAGAAAAAGUUAAGGAUACAAACCCAGAAAAAGGGGCAAAAAAUGAGGAGCGGCAAGGACUUGCGGCAAGCGCAGAAAAGGGGAAUCCUUCUACCGAUGACAAGAAACGAACUCCAUUUUUCACGCCGAGAAGGCUUUUCCGGGCUCACGCGGCAUUUUAUCUUCUCUUUCUUCUUCUCUAUGGACUUAGUCUUCAACAUUUACAUCUUAUUGGUGAAAAUUUCGCGAUUCAAAGAACUCAUUGGUUGACAUGGUGUGCGUACGGAUUACUGGGCUGGCAAAUGACCUUUAUUUGGGAAACUUUUGUGAUCAAUGAUUAUGCUCACGACGAUUAUUGGAGUUUUCUUUGGAAAUAUCGGAGUUUUCAACGAUAUGCUUACCUUCAAAUCUGGCUACUAAUCAUAACUGUCGUUUUCCUGUUCGUUGCACAUAUUGCUAUCCUUUUGGAAUCAGAUCCUAGCCUACCAUUUGAGGGAAGAGGGGUCUUGAUCGUUCUUUACGAAUUUUUCUUCUACAUUAACUUCAUCUAUUGUUCAUUACGAUCAUUACUCUUUAUGGCCAGCACACCUUUCUUUGGCACGAUUAUCAUUACAAUUGAAACAAUGUCUCGAACAUUCUACCGCUUCUUUCCAUUAAUCUUCGUUUUUUGGCUUAUCUAUUCGGUUGUACAGAAUUCGUUGCUCGGUACAAGUUGGGGUUUCGAUUCGCCGUGGGCUAUGUUUAUUCAUGGAGCCUUUGAGUUAAUGCAAGAUACGCAAGAUGACACGAAAUUCGGAAACGUUUCCAUGGUGGGAAAAGCUGGAUGUGAAAACAAGGGAAACAGUUCAGAGGAUUGGGUCUUACAAGCACAGUGUUGGCUUCGUCGCGGUCUUUCUCCUUUACUUCUUUUCUGUUACAUUAAACACUACGAUGAAGCAUACGCAAGAGCGGACGAUUUAUGGAAUAGUCGAAGGCUUCGGAGAGCACUCUUUUAUCAGAGGGCUCAUUUUCCACCGCCGCUUAACAUCGUUGUGGACUUGUUUUCAAAUUGUUGCUGUAAAAGAGGCGACGCGCUUCGAAAGAGGCAAAUGAGAGGCAAUGAUUAUUGUUAUGGAAAAUUCCCAACUCAAGACGCUCCAAACUCGCCAAAUGACGAAAAACCAGACUUGCGUGCUGUUGAAGAGAAACAUCUAACUGCAAUGCUUCAGUCUAGGAAUACGAGCAAAGUAUCGAAUGCGGAAAUUGAUGCUUUAAAGAAAGAACUUUUGCAAGAACUUAUCAAAGAAAUCAAUAACGUUCUGGCAGAAGAAGCUGCAAGUCCAGCGAAUAAAUGGACCGCUGAAGCCAAUAGACAUAUAAAUAAACUCUAUAUUCUUAUGAUUAUGUCUUAUGAU